AUGAAAACAAGCUCCACAGAUCCAACAGCAGCGUCGACAAGUGCCACUAUUGAAACAACAAUCGCGAUGACAUCUGAUGCUCCAUCAAGUGCAAUAACAACAACGAACGUUUUUGUAUCUACUACGUCAACAAUAUCGACAGUUAUUUCCACAGCAACAACAACCAAUGCUUUAUCAGGUGUAAUAACAACAACGGAUGCUUUUACAUCUGCUAUAUCAACAACAUCGACAGUUAUUUCCACAGCAACAACAACCAGUGCUCCAACUAGUGCAAUAACAACUACAGAUUUGAAGCCAAAUGCAUCAAAUAUAACAUGGUUAAUGUCAACAUUUGCAGCAGCAAAUCAAACAACAAUAAGCUUAUCUAGUCCAACAUUUAUGGAUAUUGAUGAUCAAAAUAAUCUUGUUGUACUUGGUUAUUAUGGUAAUUUAUUUCAAAUGAAUAGAACAACAAUGAGCGUCAUUCGUUCAUCAAACUUAGGAAUUGAUUCAGCGGCAUUUACUUAUUCUAAUGGUUAUUAUUUUAUAGAAUUCGAGGGCUCAUAUCCUUUAAUUUACAUUUAUUCUACUCGAAAUCUAACAAAUUUUAUUGCAUUUAUAAAUGGUACAGCAUCGAAUUGUUAUUUUCGUCAAGUGGCAUUUUUACAAAAUAAUACCAUUAUGGUUGCAACUGUUGAAGCCUUAAAUACGAUUCAGUUUUAUCAAAUAUCAUUUUCGUCGUUUUCCACAACACUUUUAUUUUCAAUACCAGCAUUGCACUCUGCUCCAUACAGUUUAUAUAAAGUGAACGAUAUAUUCUUGUAUUUAGUACAUUACAGUACUGCAACACCCAUCUACAUUCUAUCAUAUAACAAUAGUAACAAUUGGACAUUAAGAGCACUGAACGCCACAAAGCCAGCAGCUUCGGAAACAUCAGCACAAAUGACAAUUGAUCCAUAUGGACGAAUUUGGUUAGCUAUCCAUAACUUUGGUGUGAGAGUAUUUGAUUCCACUGCAUCUGUCUUACUCUAUAGCUGGCCCAUCUCAACUGGAUUGGGUGGGAUACUGUUAAUGGAUAAUUACGAGUUGUUUUUAGCUGACUAUGACAACAACAAAAUAUAUCGUUAUAAACCAAACAUAAACUAG